AUGCCGAAACGAUCGUCACAAACAACGCCGAACCCAGGCUACUACAGUCCAGACCCCAUGACUCCCACCUUCUCUCCUCCUGGCGAGUACACCGAGUUUCAGACCCUCCGUCCCGAUACUCCAGGAAGCAUGGGUCGAUACUCGGUCGUCAGCAGCCACCUUGACAAGUACGACCGCGAGGGGGCACUCACCCCUCAAGCACAGGCGCUACUGCCCUCGGACGAAGCAGGCGCCGGUCACCGAUCCAGCACCUACUACUUUGAGAAGGACGCCGCUGCUGGCAUUGCCGGCCCCGAGGCCCUUCACCAAUACACCGGUCGACGCGGCCAGGGCUACAACCCCGCCGCCAACGCCGCCACUCUCGAGGGCGGUCUCCCAGCCAAGAAGCGUGCCGGCUUCAUCCGACGUAGACCCAUCCUCUUCGGUCUCCUCGUCUUGCUCCUCCUCGUCGCCGCGGGUGUAGGUGCCGGCGUCGGUGUCUCUCAAUCACACAAGUCCAAUGACAAGAACCUCUCCUCCAACAGCGGCAGCAACAACAACGCAGGCUCCUCCACCGGAUCCUCCUCCUCGUCCUCCAACAACAACAACCAAGGCAGUGGUACUUCCACCGCGCCCGCUCCUCCCAAGAUCACACCCUUCCCCAAAUACAGCUGGACAGACGUCAACACAAAAGCCUUCGGUGUCAGUCUCGGCUCAUGGCUCGUUCUCGAGCGAUGGCAACUCGAGGAUUGGAUGGUUCAACAGGGCGGUGCAAACGCCUGGGAUGAGUGGAGCUUCACCCAGAACCUUGGCAACAACGCCGCUUCCGUCCUUCAGCAGCAUCAAAAUACCUGGGUCACCGAGGCCGACAUGGACACGCUGCAAAACAGCGGUAUCAACAUUGUCCGUAUCCCCAUUCCCUUCUGGGCCUUUAUCCCCACCGUUUCCGGCGAGCCGUACUACAACGACAUGACCGUGUACCAGAACCAGCUGGACAAGAUGCUUCAGUGGUGCUACGACCGCGGAAUGUACGUCAUGCUCGAUCUCCACGCCAUGCCUGGUUCUCAGAACGGCGAUCAGUCCUCGGGCCACAACACCACCAACAUUCAGUGGUUCACUCAAGCCAACCAGGAUCGCUCCGAUACCUUUGUCAAGAACGUCCUCUCUUGGGCUACCGGCAGCAACCUCAGCUCCAUCAUCAACGCCAUUGGUGUCGUCAAUGAGCCUCGCAUCCUCAUCGACAACGGUUGGAACACGAUCAAUCAAACUCGCUUCCAGACCACCCAAAGCUUUUACGAACGCAGCUACCAGGCCUGCGUCCAGGCCGGAAUCCCCAUGACUUUCCACAACGGUUUCGCGCCCGGCUCCGUCACGGACAAGAUGAACACCUGGAGACCUUUCAUCAGCGGAAAGAACCCCAACAUGCUCAUCUACGAGGACCACCCUUACCCGGGCUGGUUCAGCACGCCGGAGCCCAGUGCGGACCAGAUCCAGACCUCGGUUUGCGAGUACGGCUCUGCAGGCAACUCUCUUGGCAUUCCCAUCCUCAUGGGCGAGUUCUCAGCGAUUCAGAACGUCGGCUCGGCGAGCUACUCGAAGACCUACCUCCAGAUGCAGCUCGCCACCUACGGUUGGUCGGCAGGCUCCAUCUUUUGGAAUUUCAAGGCCAACUCGUCCACCACGCAGGUGCUCGCCUUGUCUGACAACCUCAUGCAGCUCUACUCGUACGUGGACUUGCUUCAGGCUGGCACCAUGCCCAACCCAGGAAAGGGCGGCAACGUCCGCAACUUUUACACCAACCUGCCCAACCCAUGCGGUGGCUUCCAGACCUACGGCUGGGCAAACCCUGCACAGUAA